CAAGAUAAACAUCCCGGCCAAACCGCGGAUCAAAGCGACCAAACAACCGCAGCGAGCGAAACCAAACUGCUCUCGUCUCGGCUCUCCACUCUCCCUCCCCCAGCAGCCCGCAAGCUAAGCAAGGCAAUAAGAGGCGGCCAUGAGCGUGGUGGUCCUGGACGGCUCGACGGUGCGCGCCUUCGUGGCGGACGAGGCGGCGUUCGCGCGCAGCGUGGACGCGCGCUUCGCGGCGCUGGAUGCCAACGGCGACGGCGUGCUGUCCCGUGCCGAGCUCCGCCGCGCGCUCGAGUCGUUCCGCCUCCUCGACGGCGCCGGCUUCGGGUCCGCCCGGCCGGCGCCGCUCCCCGCCGAGGUCGCCGCGCUCUACGACGCCGUCUUCGAGCAGUUCGACGCCGACCACAGCGGCGCCGUCGACCGCGCCGAGUUCCGCGACGAGAUGCGCCGCAUCAUGCUCGCCGUGGCCGAGGGGCUCGGCUCGCAGCCGCUCCAGGUCGCCGUCGACGACGAGGGCGGCAGCUUCCUGCUCGAGGCCGCCGAGCACGAGGCCGCCGCGAUCGCCGCCAAGCUCGACGCGGAGCGCAAGGCGGAGGCCGCCGCAGCUGCUGCCGACGCCGCCGAGUGACGUGCCGCGUGGGGUGGGGCGGUGGCUGACCACCUUGUGCUCUGCGCUCGCUGCUGUACUGCUUCUAGAUGUUGGUGUACUAGUACUAAUACGUGUCAGCCGUUGCGCUGCUACACGUGUACGUGAACAGAAAACCGGCCGGUGGCAGUGCAACCUGCAGGGAAAUGACUACGAGAGUUCUACUAUGUACUGCUUGUGAAAGGAAUAAAACGGCUUCCAAGUCUCGGAUGUAACUUGGCGGCAACUUGUCCACCAUUUACCUCGUCUCUAAAAAUAACCUGUUACCGUUA